GGGAAAGAUAUUUAAAGUUUUGUUUCAUUUUGGUGUCAAUUAAAACACAUUUCGUUUUAUUAGUUCCCAAACAGAAAUUGCCGAAGAGUUGUGUCAAUGAGUUGUGAUAACCAAAGUAUCCAUUCGUCACAGAAGGAGGAGAUCCACGACAUACCCAUGAAUGUCAUCAUUAGACCCAUUCCUCCCAUUCUGGAUGAGCUCAAAGUGAAGAGUCUUAUGAAUACCAUUGAAACAUCACCAGAAACUGUUCCGCCGAUAGACGUGCUGUGGAUUGUGGGCACAAAUGGUGGAAAUUAUUACUACUCCUUCGGAGGUUGUCAUCGAUAUGAAGCCCAUAAAUGUUUGGGUCGACCGACCAUUCGUUGCAAACUCGUUGAGUCCAAUGUCAAUGACUUGAAGUGCUAUUUGGGUUCUUCGACGCCUGAUCUCAAGUGAUGGACACAUCUCUGUCUUAUAGUCCACUUUAAUUCAUAUCAAUUUAAACAAUUGUUACAUCAGUUGAGUCUUAAUUUUAUGUGUAUUUCAAGUCAUUGUUUAAGUUCUUAAUAAUUAAUUUUUAUACAGC